AUGAGCUAUUACGGCAGCAGCUACCGGAUUGUGAACGUGGACCCCAAAUACCCGGUGUACCCCCCGGAGCACGUGAUCGCGGAGAAGAGGAGAGCGAGAAGGCGCCUGCUCCACAAAGAUGGCAGCUGCAACGUGUACUUCAAGCACAUCUUCGGAGAGUGGGGGAGCUACGUGGUGGACAUCUUCACCACGCUGGUGGACACCAAGUGGCGCCACAUGUUUGUGAUAUUUUCCUUGUCCUACAUUCUCUCCUGGUUGAUCUUUGGCACGAUCUUCUGGCUCAUCGCCUUUCAUCACGGAGACCUGUUGAACGAUCCAGACAUCACGCCGUGUGUGGACAACGUCCAUUCGUUUACAGGGGCCUUUUUGUUCUCCCUGGAGACCCAGACCACCAUCGGCUACGGCUACCGCUGUGUCACCGAGGAGUGUUCGGUGGCGGUGCUCAUGGUGAUCCUUCAGUCCAUCUUAAGCUGCAUCAUCAACACCUUCAUCAUCGGCGCCGCCUUGGCCAAGAUGGCAACAGCGCGCAAGAGAGCGCAGACCAUUCGCUUCAGCUACUUUGCGCUCAUUGGCAUGAGAGACGGGAAGCUCUGUCUCACGUGGCGCAUUGGGGACUUCCGACCAAACCACGUGGUCGAAGGGACAGUGAGAGCCCAGCUGCUGCGGUACACAGAAGACAGCGAAGGGCGCAUGACGAUGGCCUUUAAAGACCUGAAACUGGUCAACGACCAGAUCAUCCUCGUCACCCCCGUGACCAUCGUCCAUGAGAUCGACCACGAGAGCCCUCUUUAUGCCCUUGACCGCAAAGCCGUGGCCAAAGAUAACUUUGAGAUUUUGGUGACCUUCAUCUACACGGGCGAUUCCACUGGGACAUCUCACCAGUCCAGAAGUUCCUACGUCCCCCGAGAAAUUCUCUGGGGCCACAGGUUCAAUGACGUCUUGGAAGUGAAGCGCAAGUAUUACAAAGUGAACUGCUUGCAGUUCGAGGGGAGUGUGGAAGUGUAUGCCCCCUUCUGCAGUGCCAAACAGCUGGACUGGAAGGAUCUACAGCUCCACAACACCGAGAAAGCGUCAGCAGCCCGGGGCCCGGGCUCCUCAGACACCAAGGUCAGGCGGAGGUCCUUCAGUGCAGUUGCCAUCGUCAGCAGCUGCGAAAACCCCGAGGAGACCAACACCUCCGGCACAGAGGAGAGUAAGGAAGCGCCUUAUCAGAAAGCCCUCUUAACUCUGAACAGAAUCUCUGUAGAAUCCCAAAUGUAG